AUGACCAACUACGUCAACUCCCUUACGCUCAGUGCCAGACGCAAUGGUCUCGUCGUCGGCGGCCCGCUACCGGCGCAAGCUUUGACCAAGCUCAUGAGCCACGGCAAACGACUGAUCGGAUACCUCAAGCAGCCGCGCUCUCUCGCUGCGGCCUUCCAGUCUGUGGUCUACGGAGGCUUCGUCCCGGCCGGAGGACUUUUCGCGAGCUUGACAUCGAUGGGGAUGCUAGGGACUCUGGCGCCCCUGUUCCUGGGUGUUGCUGCCUUGGUUGCGACGGCGGUUACGGUGAUGGUGUGGGGGUUCCGCGUCAGGCGUUGGCGGAAUAUGGGCAGACAGCAUAGGUAG